UAUACUUAGACGUUGAUAAUAGUGUGUUGUCUAGCAUCAGUUCUAACUUUCUUACAUAAUUUGAAAUAUAUGUACGUAAAAGAAGAAAACAAAAUAGACAGAAAAGAAUUAAAAACAAAAUCAUUCAAGUAAUUUAAAAAUAACAAUUGAAAUUGAAUUACCUGAAACAAAAGAAUUUUAAAAUGAGUUUUAAAAUUGCAAGCCCAGAAAAAAAUAUUGAAUAUCGACUUUUAACUGAAGAUAAACUAGAAUCAGCCCUUGAAGUGCAACAAAAAUCGAUGUAUUACGAAAAUGUGGCAAAAGGUGUUGGGAUUUAUGAAGAAGAAGGUGCUGCUGAAGUUAUGAAAGUUAUAUUUCGCGAAGUUGUAAAAGAUAAUUGCACUAUUGUUGCUAUUGAUACAAAUACAGAUCAAGUUGUUGGAGUUUCUUUUAAUAAGUUACAUGUACCAAUAGCUACGGAUGUAUCCAAUAUUUUUAAUGAGGUAGUGAACAAUCAUGUGAAACAACGGUCAGCUCUUGCUCUUAUUCAAUUUCUCGAUGACAUUGAAUCCAAGGUAAACCUUUUUGAGCGGUACAACACCCAAGCAGCUAUGGAAAUCUUUUAUGUAGGAACAGAUCCAGACUAUUGUGGACGACGAAUUGGACAUGGUAUUGUUUCUGCAUCACUAGAAUUAGCUAGAGGAUUGCAGCGCUAUCAAAAUAAUCCUGAUCAAAUUGUUCCUGGAGUUGCAUUUGGAGUAUUUACGUCUAAUUACAGCCAGAAAAUUGCUGAAAGCUUUCAUUUUGAAUGGUUGGAAACUGUUUGGUACUCUGAUUGUGAAUACUGGGGUAAAACAAUGGCUGAAAGAAUUGGAGAUGAACAUAAAACUGCAAAACUUGGUGCACUACAUUUGUGAAUUAUUCUUGGCCCAUUUUCUAUUGUAUUUGUAAUUGACUGAUUCAAUUAUAUUAUUGGAACAUUCUAAACACUACUUAAAUAAAAUAACCUUUUUUAUUGUAAACGUUUAUUUAUAAGACAAAUAAAAUUUAUUAUCAA